AGGCGCUGCCGGCUGGUUCUGAGGGGGUCUGGCGGGUAAAGUGUGUCUGUCUUUGAGACAAGAGGCCGACAUGAAGCUGCUGCAGGCGGGUCGUUGCUCGGCGGUUGGUGUACGGCUGUGUCAGGUCUCUGCUCACCUUGUGUGUAGUCAGCCGAAGGCUUACAGUGUAUUGUCAGACAAAAAGAAACAACUCUUACAAGAGGGACCUGACCUGCAGGAGUUUAUAAAUGGCGGAUUGUCGGACAAGAAAUCAUGGGGAGAAUAUAGGGGCAACUUGAAGCGACAAAAAGGAGAAAGACUUAGAUUACCUCCAUGGUUGAAGACAGAGAUUCCUCUUGGAAAAAAUUAUAACAAACUGAAGAAUACUCUUCGGAAUUUAAAUCUGCACACUGUAUGUGAAGAGGCAAGAUGCCCAAAUAUAGGCGAAUGCUGGGGAGGUGGAGAAAAAGGUACUGCUACUGCCACCAUUAUGUUAAUGGGUGACACCUGCACAAGAGGCUGCAGGUUCUGUUCAGUAAAAACCAGUCGCAAUCCUCCACCUUUAGAUCCGGAUGAACCAUUCAACACAGCAAACGCAAUUGCAGAGUGGAACCUUGACUAUGUUGUACUAACCUCUGUGGACAGAGAUGAUCUUCCAGAUGGUGGAGCAAAACACUUUGCAGCAACUGUAUCACGCUUGAAAGAAAGACAUUCAAAAAUUAUAGUAGAAUGCCUGACCCCUGACUUCAGAGGAGACCUAAAAGCUGUUGAAACAGUUGCUCUGUCAGGACUCGAUGUAUACGCACACAACGUGGAGACUGUUCGGGAGCUGCAAAGGACUGUUCGGGAUCCUCGGGCAAGGUUUGACCAAUCGCUGAGUGUAUUAAAACAUGCGAAGGAGGUAAAACCCUGUCUUCUUUCGAAAACAUCAAUAAUGUUGGGACUUGGCGAGACGGAUGCUCAGGUGUAUGCAACUCUGAAAGAACUACGAGAGGCUGGUGUGGAUUGUGUUACAUUGGGGCAAUAUAUGCAACCAACAAAGCGACAUUUAAAGGUGGAUGAGUACAUAACUCCAGAGAAAUUUAAGUUCUGGGAAAAUGUGGGGAAUGAACUUGGAUUCCUGUACACAGCAAGUGGACCCCUGGUGCGAUCUUCAUACAAAGCAGGUGAAUUUUUCUUGAAGAAGAUACUUCGUGAAAGGACAGCUGAGAAGAAUUAAGUGACUGAAAAGUGGCAAAGCUAUGAUCUUCGAAAACCAAAAUGACACUUGUACUUAACUUGGUGCAGUAUUUGAAAGGAAUCUAUCUGUUGUUACUCUGAGAAUGUGGUAAUGGGUGGAAUUGAUCUAUUCUAAUCCUAACUAUGGUGUUAGAGGAUGUAAACACUAGAUUUUAACUGCUUAAUUCUGUAUAAUCCUUCCUGGGGACAACUCUUCUUUUUGCUUAAAAGUCAAGUUAAAUUUUGACUAGAAUUCAGAAGAUGCAUUCUAUAAAAUGUUGAGCUUUCAAAUGUAUUACAUUUUUGAACAAAUUAUAUUAUGGAAACAAGGUGCUUGAUUUGGUGACUUGGGUCAUUGCACAAUAAAUUGUUGUGCUCAGUCAUUUGUUCAGUUACAUUUGAAGUAAAGUCAUAGAUUGGUUACUGGACAGAAGGGGACCAUUCAACCUGAUGAGUCCAUGCUGGCUCUCUUGAAAAAGUAAUUUGGCUAGUUAUGUUUGCUAUAUUUUAAUGUCAAGGCAUACCCUGUUGGAAAUGCAGGCUUUCUUACAGCAGUUAGCUCAGUUGGUUGGACAGUUGGUUUGUGAUGUAGAGUGAUGCUUACAACAUAGAUUUAAUUCCCAUAUCAGCUGAGGUUACCAAGAAGGAUUCUCCUUCUCAACCUUUGCUGUCACCUGAGUGUCACUACACCUUGCGUUUAAAAUAUCGCCAGCUGUGUCUCUCUAAUGAGUGAGCAGCCCCGUGGUCCAGCAGGAUAAUGGAGGCUUUACUUUUACAACCACUCCAGAGCCAAACUUGCACAUUCUUACUGCACUAUUUUCAACGCCUUCUUAUCUUUGCUGAAGUGUUGUGUACAGAUUUGGAUAAUUGCCUGGUUGAGUGCAAAUCUAUAUUUUAUGACAGUUCACUAGAAAUUCCAUGCUCCUGUACUGUAUGCCUCUCUUUAUAAAACUGGAGAUUUCAUAUGCUUCAUUAAUUGAUUUCCUUGUUUUGAGUGAUUUUCCUUCCCCUUCUACAAUCUUUGCUAAUAUUUUGUAAUUUGGGUUAAAUUGAAUUGUGUAUUUCUAAAUCAUCAGAGAUGCACUGAUAUAAUUGGAUAAAAUAUUUUAUCCAAUGUGUAACAUAACUUGUGUAACAUUCAAUUUGAUGUGAAACUGAUGCGGGUAAAUGAAAACCGAAUACAUCCUUCAGCACUUUGAGGUAUUGUACUGUAUAUGGGCUUUUAAAAAAACACUUGUAUUGAACUAAAUGUGUGAUUUCUAAUAAAAAUAGUUAGAACA